AUGUCGCCUCAAGCCAGCGCCAACCACCUAAAAGCGAUCACUUCAGAAGAUGAUCUGGAAAACUUGGCUGUGGAAUCAUGUACACCGAUAGCAAUUGUGGGGAUUGGAUUUCGGGGACCAGCGGAUGCCAAAAAUGUCGAGAAGCUGUGGGAAAUGAUUCUCGAGGGUAGAGAAGCGUGGUCCCCAAUCCCAGCUACGAGGUGGAAUAGCGCAGCAUUUUAUCACCCAGAUCAUGCCCGCCAUGGAACGAUCAACGUGGAAGGUGGCCACUUUCUGGAAGAGGAUAUAUCUGUGUUCGACGCGCCUUUUUUCAACAUGGCAAGUGAUGAGGCCGCGGCCAUGGACCCACAGCAGAGAUUGCUCUUGGAGGUAACAUAUGAAGGUCUUGAGAAUGCUGGCAUUCCCCUGAAUAAAAUCAUGGGUACAAAGACCUCGUGCUUCGUAGGGUCUUUCUCUGCGGACUAUACGGAUCUACUACUCCGGGACCCCGAGUGUUUACCUAUGUAUCAGUGUACAAACGCCGGACAGUCUCGUGCGAUGACGGCAAACAGGGUGUCUUAUUUCUUUGAUUUGAAGGGACCCAGUGUCACAGUAGACACAGCCUGCUCGGGAAGCCUUGUGGCACUUCACCUAGCAUGCCAAAGCCUACAGACCGGGGACGCGUCAACAGCGAUUGCAGCGGGUGUCAACUUAAUCUUGAGCCACGAGUUUAUGUCAACCAUGAGCAUGAUGAAAUUUCUGUCCCCUGAUGGGAAAUGCCAUACCUUUGACGAAAAGGCUAAUGGGUAUGCGCGAGGUGAGGCAGCUGGCUGUCUCAUUCUUAAGCCCCUGGCCAAGGCGUUACACGACCGAGACAAGAUCCGGGCCGUGAUACGAAGCACGGGUUCCAAUCAGGACGGGCGCACGGCGGGAAUUACACUGCCGAAUGGGGCAGCCCAAGAAAGCUUGAUCCGGAGCGUAUAUGCGCGGGCUGAUCUGAAUCCCUCAGAAACCGAUUUCGUGGAGGCUCAUGGGACAGGGACAUUGGCUGGAGACCCAGUUGAGACAGGGGCAAUCGCUCGUGUAUUUGGAGCUGGUCGUCCACCUGACAAUCCUGUGAGGAUUGGCUCCAUUAAAACCAACGUCGGUCACUUGGAAGGCGCAAGCGGGGUGGCUGGUGUUAUUAAGGCUGUGCUGAUGUUGGAAAACCGCUUGUUUCUGCCAAACAGAAAUUUUGACAAGAUCAACCCACUUAUCUCCCUCGAUGAUUGGAAACUCAAGGUUCAACUGUGUCCUGAGCCAUGGGAAACAACAGGGCCUCGUCGUAUUUCGGUGAACAGCUUCGGAUACGGUGGAAGCAAUGCGCAUGUCAUUGUCGAAGAUGCCCAAGGCUUUCUCUCUAGCUGGGAACUCAAGGAAAACCAGAGCAUCUCGACCCCCACGAUGGAAGGUCAUGAUAAUAUAACUUCUAGCCCACCGCUUGGUUUGUGUCGCAUAUUUAUGGUUUCUGGUUUCGAUGAAACAACCUGUGCUCAGCAGAUGCAGGCUCUGGGUAAUUAUAUUCUCAAUAAGGAGCAUGGAACUGAUCAAGAGCAAUUUCUGGACAAUCUCGCCUUCACCGUAAAUGAGCGGCGAUCCGUCUUUCCGUGGAAGGCAGCCGUUGUCGGAGAUACGACGGCGGGUUUGGCGAUCUCACUCUCUCAGAGCGUCAAAUCUAGGAGCGCGCUUAGGAAGCCAACACUUGGGUUUGUCUUUACUGGACAAGGUGCACAGUGGGCUGGGAUGGGGAAGGAGCUCCUCCGGGCCUACCCUGUCUUCAAAAUAUCAAUUUUGAGUAUUGACAGAUUUUUGGAAGACAUUGGAUCUCCUUUUAUAGUGGAAGAGGAGAUCACAAAGCCUCCUCAGGACUCACAUUUGAACCACCCAAGUCUAAGCCAAACUGUGUGCACAGCGCUACAGAUUGCGCUGGUCGACCUCCUGAAAUCAUGGAGUAUACAUCCAGACUCCGUAACAGGUCAUUCCAGUGGGGAAAUCGCCGCUGCAUAUGCUGCUGGUGCACUCAGCAUGAAUGAUGCAAUGUCAGUUGCAUACUACAGGGGGGCUGUGGCAAGCCAGCUUCUGCAGCACCAACCGGACAAGGGUACCAUGAUGGCAGUUGGUAUGUCUGCCGAAGAGGUACAACCCUACUUGGAUGUAUUCGAAUCCAGACAACUGGUGGUCGCGUGUAUCAACAGUCCAUCGAGUGUGACAAUUUCAGGCGAUAUCCUUGCGAUUGAUGAACUCGCACAAACACUUAAAGAACAACAAGUGUUCUGUCGACGCCUUGAAGUUGGCGUCGCGUAUCACUCCCCUCAUAUAGAACGGAUUGCCGAGCAGUAUCACACCUUGAUAGAACAUAUCCAACCCCAAGGACUAGAUCAAAUAUCGGAAGACAAGAAGGAAAGAUCGGGAUCGUUCUUUUCCUCUGUGACAGGGACGACUGUUCCGUUGGAAAGAUUAGAUGCUCAGUACUGGGUGUCAAAUUUGGUCGGGCAAGUGAAAUUCGCAACGUCCUUGAGGACCUUGUGUUUUGAAACAAAUGGUCGGCGUGCCGGGCAUACAGGGGCCUCCAGAGUAAGAAGAGCCAGGGCUGCCCAAAAGCCAUCAGUGGAUUGUCUCAUCGAGAUCGGCCCCCAUGCGGCACUUUCCGGGCCAAUCAAGCAAAUUCUGCAGGCUGACGAGAAACUCAAUUCUGCCGAUAUAAACUAUAUUAGCGUGCUAACACGGAAGGCCAACGCACUCACUACAGUACUCAGCGCAGUCGCGACAUUAGCAUCACUUAACUACCCCGUUGACUUUGGUGCAAUCAACCGCCCUGUGGGGAUUAAGAAAUCCAGAACACCGCAGUUGCUGGUUGAUGUUCCAUCAUAUGUCUGGAAUCACACAAAGUCAUAUUGGGCAGAGCCACGAGUGAGCAAAAUGUAUCGGAACCGAAGCUCGCCGCGGAUGGAUUUACUUGGCGCACCAGACAACAUGGCAUGUCCAUUCGAGCCUCGCUGGAGAAAUUAUCUUCGAACCUCAGAACUCCCUUGGCUUCUCGACCACAAAAUACAGGGGAAUAUUGUUUUCCCUGCCGCAGGCUAUCUAGCCAUGGCAAUUGAAGCAUCCAUACAGUUUAACAAGGACGACGACAAGAUUGCUAGAUAUGUCCUGCGAGAUGUGACAAUUCAGUCAGCGCUGGUCCUCAACGAAACCUCUGCCGUCGAGGUUAUGGUAUCUCUUCAAAAGUCGAUACAAGACCAAGAAGAUUUGUACAAUUUCCAUAUAUACUCUAUCUCCGAGGAGAAUAGGUGGACUGAGCACUGCACUGGCUUGGUCGGGACACAAAAAAGAGUUGCUCCUUCAGGCGAUACAUUUGAAGAAACUGAUGGUUAUGCGACGGUUCCAUUGGGGACUGAAGUUCAUGGAAUAUCGCUGAUUGACGUCGCUGACUUUUAUGAGAAGCUUCAAACCUCAGGUCUGGAGUACGGAAAAUGUUUUGCGAACAUGACAAAAGCACGUGUUACUAAAGACGGGGCGUGCUUUGCAGAAGUCACUAUACCAGAUACACUAUCCGUGAUGCCUGCAUCAUUUCAGCAUGAGCUUCUGAUCCAUCCAUGCAUUCUGGAUAGUCUAUUUCAUACCAUUUUUGCUGCUUUACCCCCGGGUAUGGGAAUCGAGGAAGGACCUGCAGUACCUGUCUUCGUUGAAGAGAUGACUGUAUCCUCCAGUCUCAUAUGUUUACCGGGAGAGCUUAUGACCAUUUGUACCCAUGUGCGCCCGAUGCCAAAAAAAGAGGUGACGGCAUGCAUAGUCGCGGUGAAUUGUAACGAGACACAAUUCGAAACCGAACCAACUAUUUCACUUCGUGGGCUACGAUGUGCGCGGCUCGAGCGUCUUGAACCGGCAGCGCAGCUAAAAGAUAACCGCAUCAUUUAUGAGAUUGACUGGAAACCAGAUGCAAGCUUGCUUUCCAGCAAUCAUGCGGCAUUCCUAUUUGACGAGAAUAGGGGUGCUCAAGACCCUACGUAUCAAGGAGAGCAUGACGAGAGCGCAGCCGGUUUUAUUAGAGCUGCGUUGGAGGAAGUCAGCACAGCGGAGGCAAUGGAAUUCGACCCUUCUCACCGCAGAUUCCGGUGCUACCUCCAAGAUGUACUGGAACGACAUGACGGUCAAACCCCGAUAUCAGUAUCUCACUUGGAGAAUAUACAUUCCAUCCCGAUAGGAGGCCUCCUAUCAGUCAUCGGUCACAACCUAGUGGGUAUCAUUCGAAACCAAGUAGACUUUUCGACCUUAAUGAACGAAGAUCGCCUAUUGGAUGAGUUCUGGGAUAUAUUCUCAGCGGAUGCUUCUUACCGGGCUGCUGCAAAAUAUGUUGAGUUGAUUGGCCACGGAAAGCCAGAUAUAUCCAUUCUAGAAUUUGGGGUCGGCACAGGCCAGAUAGCGGAGAUCUUUCUGAAACAUCUUGUGACACUCAAGAAAACACCUCAUUGCGGGAAAUAUACUUUUGCCCACGAAAGCGAGUCUUUCCUUGAACACGCGUCCAAGCGACUGGAGGCGUGGUCAGAAUGGGUUGAAUGCAAGCCCCUGGAUCUUGGUAAGGAUUUCCCCAAACAAGGAUUUGGAAGAAAUUCCUUCGAUAUCAUAGUCUUGCCUCACGGCUUGUGUACUGCACGUUGUGAACAAAAGGCCCUCGCCAAAAUUCAUGACCUUUUGAGCCCAUCCGGCUACUUGAUCGCAAUCAAUCCUUUCGAUCCAAAGAAGAAUGUUCUAAAAAAUCUCUUAUUUGGUGCCAUGCACUGCCUGUCCACAGACGAAUUCUGUUUCGGCCAGGGUGCGUGGACAGAGGACCAAUGGGAAGAGAUCUUGCAAGAUGCGCAUUUCACCGACGUUGAUGCCUACGCGGAGCAAGACUCCAAGAAGAACCAUCAGUUCAUCGUGGCUAAAAAGCGGAAAAUUCAAAAAUCGGCUAGAAAGCUUUCCAUUGUUUGCGAGGACAACGCCAAAACUGUCAGGCAUCUAGUCACUGAGCUCAAGAAGAACUCAUGUGAGGUGCAUGUGACACACCUCGAUAAUCUGGAUUGUCAAGAUCAGAUAUGUUUGGUCUUGGAUACUUCAAGGUCCUCCUUGCUGGCCGCUCCCAAUGAAGUUAUAUUCAGCAAGAUAAGAGCAAUAUUUGUGCAGAGUGGAGGCGUUCUUUGGAUAACAAAAGGAGCGACGAUUGAGGCUGUCAACCCAAACGCGGCCUUGGCUGUUGGAUUUGCAAGAACAGCCCGUGCCGAAUCGGGUGUCAACCCAAUUGUGACCCUUGACCUAGAUGCGCAAAAUCCUCUCUCAGAAUCUCAUGCCGCCAAAAUUAUUGCUAGACUUCUGGUUUCUCGGUUCCUCUACGAAAAUACAGAUCAAGAUACAGAAUAUGCGGAGAGAAAUGGGCAACUGCUAGUUCCACGAGUCCUAGAGAGUUUCAAGGCAAACAAGAACAUGGGCAGCAUUAACGACAUUGAGAGUGUCUCCGAACAGUCUUUUCACCAGCUUCAGCAACCUCUCCGCCUUUCCAGGAAGAUUGAUAACCCACGUUUUGUUAGUGACUCGGAGAUCACAGAUCUUCCAGCCGGCUACAUUGGAAUCAAAGUACACUGCUUUACCCUGAAUCAAUGCGAUAUCCAGCACAAUCAUUUUGGCUGGAGCAGUGAUGACACCCUAGGGCUCGAGUGCAGCGGCAUAGUAUACAAAGUCGGCGCCGGGGUCCACGGCAUCACCGUAGGUGACCGAGUUGCAUGUCUUGGAGCUGGAACUGCUAGAAGCUUUUAUCACGAUCGCGCAUCUGCGUUCCAGAGGAUCAAUGAUGAAAUGCCAUUACAGCUGGCUUCGGCCUUACCUCUAGCAUAUGCAAUUGCGUAUUAUGUUGUGAACCGUCUGUCACUGAUCGAGUUCAAUGAUACUGUUCUCGUCCAUGACGCCGGACGUCAUUUUGGCCAAGCACUUCUGGAAGUGUAUUUGCUGAGGGAUGCUCGCAUUUUCGCGACCGUGCAGAGCCCCAAUGAAAAGGACUUGCUCGGCUCAAGGUACGGGAUACCCCGGGAGCAUAUCUUUAUAAGUGGUAAAGAUGAUAUAGCAAAGGGUUUAUCACGAUUGACCGAUGGCAAGAAAGCAAACGUGGUAGUCACAUUCGAGACCGCAGAGGACACAAUCCUCCAGAACUGCACGGCACCGUUUGGUCGAUUUAUUCGACUUCGAACAAAUAACCUCAAGACCCGACCGUUACCAUGUCUCCAGAACAUGUCCAUGUCUACUGUCAAUAUAUUUGAGCUCCAAAAGGAGAGGCCCGACCUUGCCAAUCAGAUAUGGCCACAGGUCUUUCGCUUGUUCCGUCAAGGACGACUCAAAGGGCCUGGCUUUAUCGACGUAUAUCCUGUUUCACAUAUCCAGGAAGCACUAACGGCAAUUCAAACUCGCCAGCAUGUUGUGGUUCGCGUGGAAGACGGUAAUCUUGUAACGGCCACACUCCCUAGAGUAACCCAACCGUUGUUCCGCGCCAAUGCAUCAUACAUGCUGGUCGGUGGGCUUGGUGGCAUCGGGAGGGCGGUUGCUUUGUGGAUGGCACAAAAUGGAGCGAAGAGCCUAAUUUUAGUCAAUCGAAGCGGCCUCUCAAAGUAUGAGUCUCAGGAGACAGUGAGAAAUCUGGUGGAAAGGGGCAUACAGGUAACCACCCGACCUUGCGACGUAUCCGACGAGACCGAAGUCCAGCGAAUGCUUCAUGAUCUGUCAAACUGCGUGCCUCCAAUACGGGGGCUGAUCCAGGCAGCCAUGGUGCUUAAAGACGUUCAUAUCGAAAAUAUGAGAUUAGACGAGUAUCGGGAUGUUAUGGGCCCGAAGUAUUAUGGCACUUGGAACUUACAUCGACAUCUCCCCGUCGAUCUUGAAUUCUUCCUGAUGCUAUCCUCUAUCAGCGGGGUUAUUGGAAAUGCCACACAAGCUGCCUAUGCGGCCGGCUGCAUUUUCAUGGACGCAUUCGCUGGUUAUCGAAGAAACUUAGGUCUUCCAGCAAUAUCUUUGGAUCUCGGAACGAUCACGGAUGUUGGCCAUUUGGCUGAAAAUAAGGAUCUAGCGGUAAAGAUGGAACGACAGGGAUUCCAGGGGACUGAUACGCCAACUCUUCUAUCCCUAAUCCAAGUUGCAAUCUCUCAAUCGACGAGCGGAGCAGCGCAGCUUGUAACUGGCCUUGGCCAAUGGAGAGAAAACGAAUCGCUUGGAAACUUUGACGCACCCUUGUUUGCCCAUUUCCGGUACAAGUUCCAGGGUUAUGGCAAAUCCAUUUCGCUCGGCAACUCCAUGGAAGGGUUGAAGGAUGAAAUGGAUGCCGCAAAGACGGUAGACCAAGCCACCAUUGUAAUCUGCGAUGCGCUCAUCAGGAAGAUUGCCUCUCAUCUCUCUAUCCCGGUCGAAAAUAUUAAUCCUUCUAACCCGGUCUCCGAGUAUGGAGUUGACUCCCAUGUGGCCGUGGAGCUACGUAACUGGGUAUCAAGAUCCAUGGAUUGCACUAUCCCCAUUUUGGAAAUACUGGCAAGGUCUAUGUUGGCGUUAUCUCAUAAGAUUGCUAGCCAAAGACUCGAGGGCAAGUCGGAGUGA